CCUCGGGCGCAGCUUCGCGGAUCCGGUUUGGGCCCCGCGGGCCGCCGUCGCGCCUCCUCCCGCGUCCCCGCGCCGCCUCCGCCCGCAGUAGCUGUCCAGGUCGGGCCGGCCGGCGGGAUGGCGGCCCAGAAGAUCAACGAGGCGCUGGAGCACAUCGCCAAGGCGGAGAAGCAUCUGAAAACCGGGUUUUUCAAAUGGAAGCCAGAUUACGACAGCGCUGCUUCAGAGUAUGGGAAAGCAGCUGUUGCUUUCAAAAAUGCCAAACAGUUCGAUCAGGCGAAGGAUGCCUGCCUCAGAGAGGCUGCAGCCCAUGAGAAUAACAGGGCACUUUUCCAUGCUGCCAAAGCUUACGAGCAAGCUGGCAUGAUGUUAAAGGAGAUGCAGAAGCUGCCAGAGGCUGUCCAGCUGAUCGAGAAAGCCAGCAUGAUGUACCUGGAGAACGGCACUCCAGACACGGCCGCCAUGGCCUUGGAGCGAGCAGGAAAGCUUAUUGAAAAUAUAGAUCCAGAAAAGGCCGUACAGUUAUAUCAACAGACAGCUAAUGUGUUUGAGAAUGAGGAACGCUUACGGCAGGCAGUUGAAUUGCUGGGAAAAGCCUCCCGACUCUUAGUACGCGGACGCAGGUUUGAUGAGGCAGCACUGUCUAUUCAGAAAGAAAAAAAUAUCUAUAAAGAAAUUGAGAACUACGCUACUUGUUAUAAGAAAACAAUCGCGCAGGUCUUGGUGCACCUGCACAGGAGUGACUACGUGGCUGCAGAGAGAUGCGUCCGAGAGAGCUACAGCAUCCCAGGGUUCAAUGGGAGUGAAGACUGUGCCGCCCUUGAGCAGCUUCUGGAAGGGUAUGACCAGCAGGACCAAGACCAGGUGUCGGACGUCUGCAACUCGCCUCUCUUUAAGUACAUGGACAAUGACUACGCGAAGCUGGGACUGAGUCUGGUGGUGCCAGGUGGGGGAGUGAAGAAGAAGGCAGCCCCAGCACCGCAGGCCAAGGGUGAAGGCGCUGCUGCCGCCCCCGCGGAGGAAGAUGAAGAUGAGUACGCAGGGGGACUGUGCUAGGGUCCUGUUCUGUGGAAGCCAACGAGGAUCCCCCCAAGGUGCCAUUCAUGGACUCGUCUGAAAGCGUCUCUCUGGACUUCAUUACGGCCAUGGGUCUGAAUGCUAAAAGGAUGGAUUUCUAGUUUCCAUUUCUUCAUAUUCACCCAGUGGACCGUCCCUUACCUGUGAAGCAUUUCCUCCUUUUCAUGAUAGAGGAGACCUUUUCCGAGACAGCAGGAACUGACAGAAAAUAAUUGCUGUUCCAUUUGAAUUCAGUUGCUUUUAAAAUUGGCAAGCCAAAUUCUAUACCUCCUGCAUUCUUUAAAAAAAAAAAACAAACCACAUAUUUCCUCCCCUUACGGUCUUAUAAUUUAUUGUUAGAGAAUUUAUUUGCCUUUAAUUUAAUAAUUGCUGCUAAAGUGAAGCUAAGUUAUGGGUUAAACAAAAUAGUGUUUACAAAAUGUGCUUAGUUUGGGUGCCAGAGGGAUCGUACAGGGUGAAAGCAUUCGCUUUUUUUGCUUGCAGUUGAUUCUGGUUCCAUCCUGAGUCCAGGCCCUGUUGGGAGUGAUCCUUGAGCACAGAACCAGGAGUAGAGCUUGAGCAUAGCUCAGUGUGGCUCAAAAACCAAAAUCAAAUUUGUUUUGAUUGGAAAAGACAUCCAUGAUCCCUACAACCUUCCCCUGGAACCACCCCCUCCCCCCGCACCCGCCACCCCCCUGCACCUUCAUGAUAAUAAGAUUUAUUUCAAUUAUUGAAUCUUUUCAGAGGUGAGAUUGGGACAGGACUAGAUGCUAUUCUGAACCUUACUCAGUCCAAUAAAAAAUGCACAUAAAUCUUAUAUGUAAGUCUGAAAGUUCUGAUGGUAUAUAGUAAAGUGCUUGUGUAAAUGUCUUCCAUUUUCUCCAAAAUAAGGAUUUUUUUUUUUCACACACAGAAAAUAGUCAAUGUCUCCAACUCACAUGAUUUACGGUUAAAUGGGAAAAAAUGAGGACCAUUUUUAUAUAUUCUAAUGAAUGGGUAAUGUUUCCAUCAAUGUAAUAUAUUCACAUUUUUCUCCUUCAAAAUAAUUGUUUUAUUUAUUUGUAACCGGAUAAUAACUUGACCUGGGAAAUGCAGUAUCCUGCAAAAACGUAGCAGAAGGAAAAUUGUCUUUGACGGAUAUGUAUAUUUGAAAUACUGUGCUGUCACGAUCUUAAUCCUUUUGUGGAGACUUCCUCAGAGGUUGCUGCUGAAGCAUUCUUCACGUAAGUGUGACUCCCGUGGACUCGCCUCGCAGUCUGAGUGGGAAAGAGGCGCGUGACACUGGUCGUGUGAUUUUCGAAGUAGCUGCGGCCGAGUGGCUUCCUGUGUGUGCACGGCUGCUGCUUGGGAGUGCGACUGUGUGUGCUUCCCUCGGCUAGACCUCUGCCAGCAUGGAGGAGAUCACCGUUGGCGCUGUCGGGCGCAGCUGCUCCCCAGGCAGUCCUGGACAGAGCCUGAAGUGGCACACCUGCUUUUCCGGGCGGGUUUUAGGGUAGGAAUCUCCAUUCUGAUACACUGCAUUUACACUGGUAAGUGGCAUUGUUCAUAGUUCUAGGGUGGCACUCGUUUUCAACCAUUGUUUGGAGAUCAACCGUGAACAGUUUGAAUGUAGCUGUAUUGAGGCUUUUGUAUUUAGAGACAUAGUAAUGUUUCAGAAAUCUCAUCAUUGCCAUUCCACCUUUGAUUCUUUCAGAAACUAGGGCUCUUACAUUCAUUUGGCAGUACUGAAAAGAUUUCUUAGACUAUUUUGCUAUUAGUUGCUAUUACCCAUUACAGAUGUGGAAAUUUUUUUCUUUUACACUUUUACCAUAUAUUUGUAAAAAAAUCCAAUAAAGCUGAGUGAUUCUGAGCCUUAAACUCCUUAAAAGACUGUGCAAGUGCAGCCUCUCUCCCUGCUUGCAGGACCUGUGGGUGUUCACUGUCAGGUUAUACUAGUCCAGCAAAGAACACUUGCUCCCUCUUUAUGCAUUUAUUUUUCCACUUAAGUCCUUUAUCCUGAGAAAGUAUUGUCAGAAGUGGAAAACUUGGUGUUUACAAGAGGAAAAGUUGUUUUCCAGAACUUGUAUUAUCACUUUUACCAAAGUGAAAAUCUGCAUGAAUGUGCUCAGAAUCUAAUAUUCAAUGUUCUAUUAUAUUGUAAGUGAAGCCAGUCUACCGGAUAUAUUUAAUAUAUUGAAUUUAUGUGUACAUAUGCAGAGUAAGGCAUUUGUGUAUGGACUCUGGGCUUCAUUGUUAUUUUUUUCCAGCUCUUGAUGAAUAGAAUUUUAAAUAUGUUAUAGAAGUGCAGACUGUUGCUUCUAUAGGGAGAUGAUUAUGAAAAUAAAAUGUGAACCUAUGUGAA